AACUUCACAAUUGGCAACUCGUUUUCUAUACUUUGAAAUACAUAUUAAAUAAGGCUACUGUAAACAGUGUCUAAACCAAAUGUCAUUGCCAGGCCUCGGGCUUCUAGCCGCCCAGGCGGGCCCAUCUUCAGUCCCAACCUCAUCCACCACCGCCGCCCCAGUAGUACACGAUCUCGCCGCCAACUCCGAAUGGCGAUUUGAAGUAGAAAUUGGCACCUCGAUUGAAGUCAAGAUCCUCUCCGGAAGCGCUGAGCUCUUCGGCACCGAGCUGGCCGUGAAGCACGCCUACACAUUCAACGGCACCAAAGCCGCAAUCUUCACGUACCAUGGCUGCCGCAUCGAGGUCACCGGCCAGUGCGAGGAGUACACCGCUGAGGAGUCGCCCAUGACGCAAUACGCCAACCUGCAUUUUGCGCUGGAGAACCUGCGCCAGCCUGGACAGCCGGAGCCGCGCGUGCUGGUGGUUGGGCCGAACAAUUCGGGGAAGACGAGUUUGGUGAAGUUGUUGACGGCUUAUGCGACGCGGUCAGGGAAGCAGCCGAUAGUGGUUAAUACCGAUCCUGGGGAGGGGAUGCUGUCGAUUCCGGGCAGCUUAACGGCGACGGCGAUGAGUAGCGUCAUUGAUGUUGAGGAAGGCUGGGGUAGCAGUCCCACGAGCGGACCGAGUAGUGUGCCUGUCAAGCUACCACUUGUGUACUUCUACGGACUCAAGAGCCCAGAGGAUGAGCCGAAGUUAUAUAAACCAGUGUGCACGCGACUCGCGCUCGCUGUGACGGAACGGUUGGCGGAUGACGAGGCAGUCAAGAAGUCAGGGGUCAUUAUCGACACGCCCGGUGUGAUCUCACAGGGGAAGAAUGGCUACGAUCUCAUCUCACAUAUUGCAUCGGAGUUCACAGUCAACGUGAUCAUCGUUCUCGGCUCGGAACGCCUUCACAGCGACAUGCUCCGACGCUUCUCUAACGCAACCCCCACACCUAUAACCGUAAUCAAGCUCGACAAAUCCGGUGGUUGCGCCGACCGCGAUGACGCCUACAUGUCCGCCUUCCGCCAAUCCCAGAUCCGCGAGUACUUCUUCGGCUCGAUCAAGCGCACACUAUCACCGCACACGCAAACCGUCGACUUCUCCGCCGUCACAGUGUACAAGGUUCACGAGCAGAGCGGUAUGAUGAGUAGCUUCCUACCUGGCGGUGAAGAGGAGGUCGAGAGUCCAAUUUUCGAUCGUGUGGAGCCGAGCAGUCAGAUGCUGCAUUGUGUUAUGGCUGUUAUGUAUGCGGGGACGCAUGAUUCACUAGAGGUGAUUAGGGAUGCGAGUGUGAUGGGUUUUGUGUACGUGGCGGAGGUGGAUGAUAAGAAGCGGCGGUUAAGGGUGUUGGCGCCGCUGAGUGGGAGGAUUGGAGAUAGGCCAUUGGUAUGGGGGAGCUGGCCAGAGGCGUCGGUUAGUUUGAUAUGAUGUACAAUGAAAUGACAUAGAAUUUGAAAAGCGA